CUCUCUCUCUCUCUCUCUCUCUCUCUCUCUCUCUCUCUCUCUCUCUCUCUCUCUCUCUCUCUCUCUCUCUCUCACACACACACGCAACCACAUCGCGCGAAACAAAAAGAACACACUCAAUCACCCAUCCUUCUUUCUCUUUGUCCUUCUGUACAUAUCUCAAAGAAAAAGCAACCAUGGUACGACAGCGCUCCGACUCCAACACCGCCUACAGGCAAAGCAAGGACACUCCCGAGACCCCUCUCACCCCACGCACUCCUCGCUCACCCCAUCUUCACCGCUCCCGUCUUCUCUCACCCUCUCAAUCGCGCCUGUCCGCAGCAACACCACCACUAUCACGCCCUGCACUCAAGCGAGAGCACACGGACGAUGUCGAUAUGGACGGAGACAACGACCUGGGUGCGGUCCCCACAAGGCUUGCUCGUCUUCCCAACGCCAAACCAACGCCUUCAGAACUCCUCUCCAUGGACCUCAAUACUCUUGCACUGCGCACCAUCAGAGGCAGCAGCGACCAUAGGAGCCCCAACAGCCUCAAUUCUGGCUUUGCAACACCCUCCGCAAGACUGUCGGACGAUGCUCUCGAGCACAUGAACAUCAGUCUGCCUUUUGAGCGGUUUUUUGGCUCUCCUCCUUCGUCCUCUCCACGAACUCCAUCCAAUGACGGUACCCUAGAGUCCGUCCACCGAUACCCAACACGCACUCCACCACGCGAGCCCACCCGGAAUGUUCAGUUGACGCCUGUGAAAUCUAGAGCUGCGCUCAAGACCAGGAUUACAACACCGCCAAACUCGGGCACCGCUCAGCAAAGGACGCCGUUCAGUCCACAACAAGAGAGCAACAGCAUCAGCAGCAACGGCAGCAACGGCAGCAGCACGCGACAGUUUAUGGCCGAUGAAGAUAAUAACCUGUUCUUGACACAAUCGCCUCGAGCUAUCCGGACUCCGCGAAGGAGCAUGAACCGUACAGACCAGUCCAGUCCCGCCAAUAUCACCUUGACAGAGAAACCUGUACCGGUACCAGAAUUGCUGAUACCCUCUACUGGCCAGUCAGUCGCAGGCCCAUCAGGACAAGGCAGCAACAGCAACAACAGCAACGGCAACGGCAGUGGCAAUAGUAGUAGUAGUAGUAAUUGCCUCCAGGGCGAUGUUAUCCGUUUAGAUGAAGAUGAUACAGUCGAGACAGAGUCUGUCCAGAGUUCUACAGGAGGAGAUCUGGAGAAGGAGAACCAUACACCGAAAUACUCGCAGGACUCGACGAAUCCGUUCUAUAUCGGAGGCGGCGGCAGUUCAGGAUUGGAAUCAAAACGGCCCAUGCGAUCGAACACAAAGGUGACGGAUGGAUCAACAACACCCACAGGACCGACAGGACCCACAGGGUCGAUUACUCGGUCCAGACGAUUGGCUUUGGGUUCAAUCUCUCCAUGGCGAUGGAACACAUUUGAUGAAUUCACGACCAAUCCUUCAGCACUCGCUCAUUACAAGGGCGCAAAGGCCUUGGGACUGACGGACAGCACAGGGAGUCCAUGCUCGAAAGCAGGAUAUGCAGUAUCAGAAUGGGUCGAAUCAGUUUCUCAACAAAAGAAUACGGCCCUGUCGAAUGACUCAGCAGCUGCCUCGUCAUUAUCCGCUUCAGCACCAGGAUCAUCGUCGGCGUCCUCUUCGUCCACGCCAAGGAACCGCCAGACGAUGAAUGGCAGACCCUCGUGCACAGCACCAUUGGGAUCCUCUACGUCCUCAUCGUCGUCGUCAUCCAUGUUGAACCCUGUUAUCGGUAGCAGCAAGGGCCUCAGUGGCAAGAUCUCGGACCACCAUUCUAACUCUGCAGAGUCUGCGGAGCGCAAGGGAGGACCCUCAUCCAUGGUUGCCAAGCUGACAGAAAGUGUGAUCCAACCGCACUCGGUAGCGUUCAAUCGACGGGCCCAACAGGUUGCUGGACGGAUUUAUUACUGGAAGCAUGGGGUCUACCAUCUGGUGAGCGAGCAGGACAAGCAACAGUGGCCUGGAGAGUGGAAGUUUGAGGUGUUCCAGGACCCAGAGUCGUCGAGCGGAGGUGGGCCAUCACAGACAGAGAAUGGCGGGGGUUCAGAAUCGACUACGAUGGGUACGCUCUAUACGGGCAAGGGCAAGCUGACGGAUCGACAAUUGACUGGACCGGCUUCGAAGCGGAUGCGGGUCCAUCGGGAGCCUCUGGGAGGACUCUGUGAGCAGAGCAGCAGCAGCAGUAGCAGCGGCGCACACCAUCAUCAUCAGCAGCAACAACAACAACAACAACAACAACAACAACAACAACAACAGGAAGUGGAUUUAGGGUCGGGAAUGGAACGGGAUAUGACGACGCCGCCGCCGAGUCCGAGCAGCGGUCGUGCGUCCAAGAUGCGACAGGAGGUUGGUCAACGGACGAAGCAGUCGCGACUUCAGGCACGAUAUGACUUUCGAGAACGGCGGAUGUUGAACGGUCCGUUGACGCCUCGUUCUCGGCGUUGCGGCGUAUAAACCCCCGCCUCGCAAAAGACUUUACGGUCUCUUUUCCCUCCUCUCUCUCUUUUUUCGCACUGUAGUUCUCACGGCCUGAAUAAUUGGUAUUAUUUUUGGAGAAAGAAAGGAGGAGGAGGAGGAGGAGGAGGAGGAGGAGGGAGAACCCUGUUCAAAGUAUAUGUUGUUUUCACC